AUGUCAGACGUGGAUCAGUUGAUAGAUGAACUGUUUCCAAAAGGGAGUAGCGGUCUCGAUCCCGCUACGCACGAGCACAAGGUCGUGAAUGAGGCACCCGCGUCUCAGGCGGACUGGGAUGCAAGCGAUAGUGAGAAAGAGAGCAAGAGUGCAGGUGCAAGAAUGUGGCCGGCGAAGAUGACAGCUAGAGUAAGUGGGGUAGCUGAAAAGGAGCGAGAAACGUCUCGAAGUUACUUCGAUGACAGUGAUGAAAGUGAUUUUGGAGAAGGUGCGGUUGUAGCAUCCACAUUCACAGUUCCGUUUCCUUUUUUGCCGAGCAACAUUAGUGGGGCAUGCAAGGGCAAAUGCUUCGUGACGAACGUCGGUGCUGAAAACCUUCAUCAUCCUAGCAUUGCCCAGCUACUACUAGUUGCAGAAGGCAGGUACAACAAUCGAUUAACCAAGAAGGAGUUGCUAAAGCGCAAGGGGGCCUUUCAUGUGCUCAAUCCUAAUGUUGGUAAUGGAGCCUCUGACAAAUACGCUGAAGAAGCCGGUCACGGUGGUGGGUGCCCGUUGAUAGUCUGCCGGAAGUGUAACUAUGCUGUGAUACGUCUCCAGGGAGCAGCUUGGCAAGACGGAGGCGGAUCCACAGACUUGUACUUGACGGUGCGCAACUUCUACCCGGAUUGGAGCCGAUUGGCGAGCUCGUACCCUGUUGGCCAGAUAAAGAGUGGGGAGCAAAACAGGGUGCUGAAAGCGAACCCUGGUAGUGCUGCUUAUUGCUGUCAGUGUUCUUGGCUUACUGUGAAAUCUCCACAGGAAGCCAUAGAGACACGGCUUACAGACCCUGCAGGGUUCGUGGGGCGAGAGGAGACUUGUUGCUUUGCCACGCAGCUACCACUGGUGCCGGGUGAAAAGCGGCGGCCGCCUCUGUGGGUGUGUCGAGGGCACGUGGUGCAAUUCUGA